AUGGCAAGCCCAACCACUGGCUACUCCAUAAAUGUGAACGAUCCCAGCUUGAUCUCACUGGUCAACAAGCUGCAAGAUGUGUUCUCGACAGUGGGCGUGCACAACCCGAUCGACCUGCCUCAGAUUGUCGUCGUCGGAUCGCAGUCGAGCGGAAAGAGUUCAGUGCUAGAGAACAUUGUCGGUCGUGAUUUCCUGCCUCGCGGCUCGGGAAUCGUGACUCGGAGACCUCUCAUCCUGCAACUGAUCAACAAGGUCCCUUCGACACAAAUAAACGGCGACAACAAGCUCGAGACAACAGACAGCGAGUCCAACGUCGACGAGUAUGGCGAGUUCCUGCACAUCCCCGGCCAAAAGUUCUUCGACUUCAACAAGAUUCGCGAGGAGAUUGUUCGUGAGACGGAUUCCAAGGUCGGUCGCAAUGCCGGUAUCUCGCCUGCUCCCAUCAACCUGCGCAUCUACUCGCCCAACGUCCUCACCUUGACCCUGGUCGAUCUGCCCGGUCUGACCAAGGUGCCCGUCGGAGAUCAGCCCAAGGAUAUUGAGCGUCAGAUUAAGGACAUGGUGCUCAAGUACAUUAGCAAGCCCAACGCCAUCAUUCUAGCCGUCACAUCGGCCAACCAGGAUCUGGCCAACUCGGAUGGUCUGAAGCUGGCGCGUGAGGUGGACCCGGAGGGUCAGCGCACCAUCGGUGUGCUGAGUAAGGUUGACCUGAUGGACGAAGGCACCGAUGUUGUGGAUAUUCUCGCUGGUCGAAUUAUCCCGUUGCGCCUAGGCUACGUUCCCGUGGUCAACCGUGGCCAGCGUGACAUUGAGAACAAGCGCCCUAUUGCCUACGCUCUGGAGAACGAGAAGAACUUCUUCGAGAACCACAAGGCAUACCGGAAUAAGGCCUCGUACUGCGGCACCCCCUAUCUGGCCCGGAAAUUGAACUUGAUCCUAAUGAUGCACAUCAAGCAAACACUCCCCGAUAUCAAGGGCCGCAUUUCCUCCUCCCUUCAGAAGUAUUCCACGGAGCUGGCGCAACUCGGUGACUCCAUGCUCGGCAACAGUGCCAACAUCAUCCUCAACAUUAUCACCGAGUUUAGCAAUGAGUACCGCACUGUCUUGGAAGGAAACAACCAGGAGCUGUCCAGCGUUGAACUUUCGGGUGGUGCCCGUAUCAGUUUUGUGUUCCACGAGCUCUACUCGAACGGUGUCAAGGCUGUGGAUCCUUUCGAUCAGGUGAAGGACAUCGAUAUUCGCACCAUCCUGUACAACUCCUCCGGUUCCUCGCCGGCCCUGUUCGUCGGAACGACCGCUUUCGAGUUGAUCGUUAAGCAGCAGAUAAAGCGUCUCGAAGAACCCAGCACCAAGUGUAUCACGCUAGUCUACGACGAGCUGGUGCGCAUCCUCGGCCAGCUCCUGAACAAGCAGCUGUUCCGUCGGUACCCCAUGCUGAAGGAGAAGGUCCACGCGGUGGUGAUUGCCUUCUUCAAGAAGUGCAUGGACCCCACCAGCAAGCUGGUUAGGGAUCUAAUUGCUAUGGAGGCUACCUACAUCAACACUGGCCAUCCUGAUUUCCUCAACGGACACCGGGCCAUGGCCCUUGUCAACGAGCGCCAACAAGCCGCCAAGCCCACUCAGGUCGACCCGAAGACUGGCAAGCCCCUGCCCGCCGCUCGUGCCCAGAGUCCGUCUCUGGACACCACCGGUGAGGGUCCCAAUGGCAGCGGCUUCUUCGGCAGCUUCUGGGCUUCGAAGAACAAGAAGAAGAUGGCUGCCAUGGAGGCACCUCCUCCAACUCUCAAGGCUUCCGCCAGUCUGUCAGAGCGCGAAUCCACUGAGGUUGAGGUUAUCAAACUGCUGAUCACCUCGUACUUCAACAUCGUCAAGCGCACGAUGAUCGACAUGGUCCCCAAGGCUGUCAUGUACACCCUGGUACAAUUCACCAAGGACGAGAUGCAGCGCGAGCUUCUAGAGAACAUGUACCGCAACAACGAGCUGGACGACCUGCUCAAGGAGAGCGACUACACCAUCCGCCGGCGGAAGGAAUGCCAGCAGAUGGUCGAGAGUCUGGGCCGCGCCAGCGAAAUCGUCAGCCAGGUGCAGUAA